GAUAGCUAGGUCCGUACAAGAAAAGAAGAUAUACAUAUAAAUACAUGUAGGCUAAACUUGGCUUAACGGUGAGAAAUUAAAUGAGAAAAGAUCAGAAAGCACUGGAUAUAUAAUGACAUCCUGCUUCUUUAAUUCAUCGAUUCUAAUUCCUUCAUCUUCAUCAUCGUCACUUUGUAAUUCUGAUAAUUAUACAAACCCUAACAUAAGUUUCCCCUUUCGCAAACACGCCGCUCACAGAUGCGUUAUCAGAGCUGUACAGGAUGGAGCUGCAGCUGGAAUUCUAUCCCCUGAAGUCGUCGUGGAUGAUACCUUAGUUACACAGGUGGAACAAGUUGCGGAAGAGGAGAAAGUACAGAGCACUCCGAGGAAGAGAGUUUCGAAGAAGAAAGAUGACGACGAUGAUGAUACGAGGUUUAAGCUGCGUAAUGGAAGAGAGGUUUUUGAAGAGAAGGCUUACCUUGUUGGUGUCACACAAAAAGGUGACAAGGACGAUGCAUUUGGUAUAGAGGAAUCACUAAAGGAACUGGCGCAGCUGGCUGACACUGCUGGACUAUUGGUUGUUGAUUCCACCUAUCAAAAACUCUCUACUCCAAACUCGAGGACGUACAUUGGAUCAGGCAAGGUUGCAGAAAUCAAGACUGCAAUUCAAGCACUAGAUGUUGAGACUGUAAUAUUUGAUGACGAGCUUUCACCAGGACAGUUGCGUAAUUUGGAAAAGGCCUUUGGUGGAUAUGUUAGAGUUUGUGAUCGCACUGCUCUCAUCCUAGAUAUCUUUGACCAGCGAGCAGCAACACGUGAAGCGGCUUUACAGGUAUCAUUGGCACAAAUGGAAUACCAAUUACCACGACUAACAAAAAUGUGGACGCAUCUUGAGCGUCAAGCUGGUGGACAGGUGAAAGGUAUGGGUGAGAAACAGAUUGAAGUGGACAAGCGUAUUCUACGUACUCAAAUUGGUACCCUUAAGAAAGAGCUAGAAUCUGUCAGGAAACAUCGAAAGCAGUACCGGAACAGACGAGUUUCCGUACCUGUGCCGGUUGUAUCUUUGGUUGGCUACACAAAUGCAGGAAAAAGUACACUUUUAAAUCAACUAACAGGGGCUAAUGUUCUCGCGGAGGAUCGGCUGUUUGCUACACUUGAUCCGACUACACGAAGAGUACAGAUGAAGAAUGGGAAAGAAUUUCUUCUUACAGAUACUGUUGGAUUCAUCCAAAAAUUGCCAACUACACUUGUUGCUGCAUUCCGAGCAACAUUAGAGGAAAUUGCAGAGUCAUCACUGAUGGUGCAUGUCGUGGAUAUUAGCCAUCCUCUGGCGGAGCAACAGAUAGAUGCAGUGGAUAAGGUUCUUUCAGAAUUAGAUACGGCAUCGAUUCCGAAAUUAAUUGUCUGGAACAAGGUUGACAAAGCUAGUGAUCCUCAACGGAUCAAGUUAGAAGCUAAAAAGAAGGAAGAUACAAUAUGCAUAUCUGCAUUAACUGGUGAAGGAAUGGAUGAAUUUUGCAACGCUGUACAUGACAAGUUGAAGGAUUCUAUGGUAUGGGUCGAAGCUUUGAUUCCAUUUGACAAAGGUGAACUCCUUAAUACCAUACAUCAGGUUGGAAUGGUUGAGAAAGCUGAAUAUACAGAGAGGGGGACGUUGGUCAGGGCACAUGUUCCCCUGCGGUUUGCAAGGCUUCUAACCCCAUUGAGGCAAAUGUGUGUACAAUAGUUUCAAAUUUCUUUGUUGAUGAUCCCCUCAUUGAAGAAAUCUCCUUACUUAUACAAACAAAUUUAUAUGGCAUCCUCUCUGUAUGGUCACGUCAGAGAAGAUGCUAAUAUGCUAGGCUAAAUGUAAAUUUCAAAAGUCCAUAACAUGCAAAUGUAAUUGAUAGAAAAUCAUGUAACAAUUAAACUAGUCAAUACAAACAUUUGAAGAGUACAAGGAAGUUAGGUUUCUCUGAAAUUUGUAAUUACAAGUGUUAUACAGUUUUUUAACCUUUUCUUUGUUUCAGUGGUUUAGGUGUUAUACCAAUGUAACUUACUUGAAUGUGUGCUAAUAAUAUUGACAGUGUUUUAAAUCC